UCUAGCAGAAUCCAAAGGCGUGGUGGGCGUCAGAACCAUGGCGGACGCGGAGAAGAACGCUGUUGCGGAGAAAAACGCUGUUGCGGAGGAAAACGCCGUUGCGGAGGAAAACACCGUUGCGGAUAAAAACGCAACGAAAGAGGUUCUGGCUGAGGCAGCAAGCGUUCUGGAACCUGUAGGAUUGCCGGAAGAAGCAGAGCUGCCCGCCAAGAUCAUGGAGGAAUUUAUGAGGAACUCUCGGAAGAAAGACAAGCUGCUUUGUAGCCAGCUUCAAGUAGUGAACUUCUUACAGACUUUUCUGGCCCAGGAGGAUAAUACUGACCAGAACCCAGAUGCUCUGGCUUCUGAAGAUACAAGUCGACAAAAGGCAACUGAAACUAAGGAGCAGUGGAAGGAGCUGAAGGCAACAUACAUGGAUCACGUGGAUGUCAUCAAAUGUGCCCUGUCUGAGGCCUUGCCCCAGGUUAAAGAGGCUCACAGGAAGUACACUGAGCUCAGAAGGCUUUUGCAACUCGAGGCUAAGAAGCGAGUCCUUGAGGAGAAACUGCAGUUAGCUCAGAAGCAGUGGGUGCUGCAGCAGAAGCGUUUGCAGAAUCUGACAAAGAUUUCUGCUGAGGUCAAGAGACGCCGGAAGAGAGCUCUGGAGAAGCUUGAUGGUUCUCACCAGGAACUUGAAACCCUGAAGCAGCAAGCAGGACAGGAGCAGGAGAAGCUGCAGAGGAACCAGAGCUACCUCCAGCUGCUGUGCUCCCUGCAGAAUAAGCUGGUCAUCUCCGAGUCCAAGGCCGAUGACAAAGGUGUCAAAGGGCCCGCCCUUCCACCCAAGUCUCCCUAAAGGUAAGCCCUGUCGGUUUA